AUGGACUUUCGCAGCGAUGUUGCACAUUCAUACGAAGACUCUUACGACCACAAUUUGACCUCUGAGGCCGUCACCAGUCCCCCACAGGCCGGCUUCGCGCAAUUGUCAACCCUGUCCUCCCUCCCCGCGACGCCGUCGGAGUCAGUCCAGGUCAUCUCCUCGCUGAUUGAGUCUCUGAGCAAGAUAUCUGCAUCGACCUAUGUCAGACAAGACGCCGUCCCAGAGACAAAUAUCGAGAUCUCCACAGACGCAUACAGUCGCUCCCCCUCGCCCGAACCACCCGAUCCGGAUGAUCUGGAUAGAGAGCAGAACGACCCACCCAUCACCGAUGAAAGCAGCGAGGGAGAGCCCGCCGCUCCGCCGGUGAUCAAGUACGCAAGAAGACCGCCGCCACUCUCUAAGCGGUCGAGUCGAUCGUUCAUCCGCUCACUGAGCAUGUCGUCGCAGCCUACUCUAGGCCCCCAAGAGUCUAUUCACAGUCUGAAGUCGCGUGCGGCGUCUGUACACAGUCUGAAGUCUCGUGCCGAGUCCGAUGGUGUGGGACUACCAAGCAUUGACAGGCGUAACCGCUCGAGCGCCGGCUCUUCCUUUUCAUUUGUCAGUGGUUUGAGUUCCACACUCAGGAGGCAGACCGCCGAAUCUGUUUAUGAAAUGGCGACCAGUCGGCCCAUCCCUCCAAGGCGUGUUUCGUCGGACAGGCGACGGAAGGCCGAAUCCCUCUACAGCAUCGAACAGGAGAAGGAAAACAAAUGGCCUACUCGGUCUCCGUCUGUUGAUGGCUACUCAAGCAGCAGUACCCCUCUCGACCAAAGCCUGAACGAUGGUACCACUAUCGCUGCUUUGCGACUGAGUAGAGGUGACCUGGGUUCUCACUUGAUUCCAUCUCGGCGGUCAUCACUGCGGCGCAGCGUUACCGGGAUGUCGGAUGCGUCUCAGGACCAACAAAACCGAUAUUCCUUCUCAGGCCGUGACCUAAAAGAACUCAACAUCGAUGCCGAGCUAAUCGAAGGGGACAAUUCAACAGUGCGACGAAUCCGGGAACUCCAGGAAGCUCGGGAGAAGAGGCAGAAGGAAUGGCGACACGAAGCACGCAAAUCAGAACGAGCCUCAAAGAGACAUACGAUUGCUACGCCCAAGCUUUCUUCACGACGAUCCAGCCCAUAUCAGAGCUCCAGACUUUCUGUCACAGAGGUGGUAGUCGAAUCACCCGAAGUCGAAAGCCCGCGCGACUUAACCGCGACUGUUACUCCUACAGAUUUGGCCGGUAUGCCUGAUUUUUUGACAAAGCCUCCAAAGGAGCCUCCCAGCCCGCCUAUUGAUGCGAGGCCUUCCAUGUCCAACCCACCGAGCGCAGCUCCAUCCCGGGGCAACAGCUUGUAUCAGAAUGCGGGGCCGCACACCCAAAGGAAUUCUGCUGGGUUCACGACUAAACAAGACCCGGCUUUGGCAGAGAUGAAGUCCAUCACAGAAGAGGUCGAGGCGUUCCUCGGAGCGCCGCGCUUUACGCAAAAGAUCCGCCACCCGCGGACCGGCCGAACGAUUGCGUUUUCAGAGGUUGGAGAUCCCAAUGGCUUCGUCGUUUUUUGCUGUGUGGGAAUGGGGUUGACCCGAUACCUAACGGCCUUCUACGAUGAACUCGCAAGGACUCUACGCUUGAGGCUGAUCACUCCGGACAGACCUGGAGUAGGGGCAAGCUCACCGCUGUCCGAGUCUCAAUGCACACCACUGAAUUGGGUCGAUGAUGUUGCCGUCCUCUGCAACUCGCUGGAGAUCACCAGAUUUUCUCUGCUUGCGCACUCGGCGGGUGCAAUUUACGCACUGGCGACCGCUUUGAAGAUGCCCCAAUAUUUACGCGGGCGCAUCCAUCUGCUGGCACCCUGGAUACCACCGUCGCAGAUGCCAAAAGGAGCCGCCAUAGGACCAGAUUCCCAACCAGUUGCUAAUCUACCUUUCACGCACAAAAUCCUCAGCGUUCUACCCGCGCAAAUACUCAAGGUCGCCAAUUCGAGGUUCUUGACUGCCACUAGCGCGUCCGUGGACACGAAACCACUAAAGUCCAAGAAGAACAAGCAAAUACAAAUAGAGAGCCUAGAAUUACAUCUAGACUAUGCCGACCGCGAUCCAAACGAGGAUAGCCCGUUCCGAGACAACAUUCCCGAGUUCGAACCCGAACGGCCAUCGACUGGGACGCCGAAUCGAGCACGUGGCAUGUCCUGUUAUCAAGCCAACAACGAAUCGCUCAGAAUGCAGGGAGCAGCAGCGACAAGUCCAAAGUCGGAAUCUCGCCGACAAACUUUCUCCGCUGCGAAGUCACCCAUCGCGACGACUCGGCCGAUGUCUCCCCGCUUAAGCCCAGAGGCACGUCAAGCACUUUACAAUCAGACCCUCACCCACCGUAUCUGGACACUAGCCACUCAAAACGCAAACCCUGCCACGGACCUGGUCGUGUGUCUUGAACGCCGUCGGCCUAUUGGAUUCCGAUAUCCUGAGGUGACCAGAUCAGUUGUUAUUCACCACGGCGCCAAGGACUCGCGGGUACCCCUGGACAACGUACGGUGGUUGCGCAGUGUCAUGAAACGAUGUGAGUUGAAGGUCCUAGAUGAUGAGGGGCAUGGCCUCAUGGCGAGCGCUUCAGCGAUGGCGUCCGUCCUCGGGGAGAUCGCGAAGGAGUGGGAAGAAUGGGAGAGGAUCGCACAAAACAAAGAAAAGAGGAAGCGAAGUGAUGCUGCGUCUACCUUCUCGAGAGGGAGGUCCUUCCACAGUAGAUUUGUGGAUGCCUCGUACCGGGAAUCUGCAUCCCGUGAUUCAUGA